AUGUCGGUAAUAAUUCGUCUGCAAUUGUUACCGUUGUCCGCCGCUGCCGCUGAUGUGCGGGCAUUCUUCUCCGGUCUUCGAAUCCCGGACGGAGCCGUACACAUAGUAGGAGGUGACGAUGGCGAUGCAUUCAUAGGAUUCGCCACCGACGAAGAUGCAAGACAAGCAAUGCGACGAGAUCGUGGACAGAUUCAUGGACAGGAGGUGCGCCUAUACCUAUCGUCACGUGCUGAAAUGAAUGAUGUGAUUACACGUGCAAAGGCGGCUGUCUUAGGAAUUCAUGUUCCGUCACCUCCUCGAGCAGCUGCACCAGCUGCACCGCCAGUUAUUCAACAAGUAACAGAGCAAGCAAUUCCUGGUUUGGAUUACACAGCUCAAGCACAUCAUCCACCACCGCAAGCAUAUGCUACUCCUGUAGUAUCGGAACAAUCCAUGAAACCGUCAUCAUUCGCUCCUGAUCCAUCUGAAUUCAACAAACCACUGUACAUGCGUGGACCUCCUCAGCUACAGCAGCCCGCGCAUAUCCCGCCGUCUACUGCUGCUCCCACAAUACCAGCUCAGCCCCCAGUUGUACCUACCCAAAAUGGAGAUUAUCAUUCAGCACAUAGACCGGCUUAUCCAGCCAUUGGAGAAAGUUACCCUCCAGUACCUCAUCAUACACCGCAGAAUGCACGACCUCAUGCGCCUCCGCCUGCAGAUGUGACUCAGAACUAUGAUAAAAGAUUUCCUCCCAGAGCUCCCGAGCCAAAGGGCUAUCCACCAGCGCAGGGACCAUACAGACAUGACGAGGGAUUCUACAACAAACCACCCCAGCAACCUGAUGCUGAACCAGCUCCGAGAUUUUUCGGCACCCCGCCAAGAAAUCCGCAUCGUCCACCACCGCCUGGUAUGACUAUGCCUCCGGGCUUUGGACCUCCUAAGGAUCAUCAGGCUCCGGCUGGUCCACCGGCAGCGAAUGGACCACCACAUGGACGACCACCUUUCGGGGGUCCAAAUGCGCAGUUCCGUGGGCCACCAGGACCCCACCAAGGGCGGGGAUCAUCUGAAGAAAGUAUGGGUGGAUACCAUAAUCAGAAUCAGCCAGAAAGGUACAAUGGACCAGUUGCUAUACAGAAUCAGUCACCACAGCAGCAAGAUGAUCAUAGAAAACCCACAGGAGGGCCACCACAACGGGAUGCUUUUCCUCAAGACACUAAUAUUCGACAGCCACCAAAUGCCCAGGGUCCUCCUCCGUUUCAAAAUAGGCAGUCAGGACCACCAUCUCGCCCAUUUCCUCCACAGAGAGAUUCAUGGCGUACGGACAGUACUCCUGCAGCACAGGCUAAUGGACCCUCAUGGGAUAAUGCUAAGCCAGAGAUGAACCGCAAUGGGCCGAAUGCUGCACCUCCGUUCAGAAAACCACUGCUGAGCAACGCUCCAGUCGCGGCUUUCAAUGAUCCCUCCAAACCUGCGGGUCCAACUGGUGGACCAGGUCCACGUGUACCACUUCCAAACAGGAAUAUGGGCCCUCCCCAAUCCCACAUGAACAAAACUCCAUUGCUAGGUCCAAACUUCGGAGCAGGACCAACACCUUCCCGAAUUAAUGCUCCUAGUCCAAAAUAUGUUGAGCUGAGUCGUCUGCCAACUGAAAUGUUGCGUCCAGCCGUGCUAGAGCAGUUUCUGAGACCCUCCGUACCUUUACAGAUAUCAUCAGUGAAAGUUGUCUACAGUAGUCAAGGAAUUCAUAUGCAUACACUGGUCCGUUUUGAAAAUGCUGCAGAUGCUGAUUCAGUAGUUGCACGAGAUGGGGAGCAAGGAAUACGUGUUCGCCAGUCAUCCAAGCAAGUUUUCGAUGAGGCCGUUGAUGGCAUUCCGCCAGCUAUUAUCUCUAGUGCCGAAGCUCACAGUGACAGCGAUCGUAAGCGUGACGACCAUACUCGGCGUCGUACGCGCAGUCGUUCCCGUAGUCGAGAUCGCCGACGAAAUCGUCGCGAUCCUUCACCUCGCAAGCGACAAAGGUCCCGAUCACGUAGUCGCGAGCGUCGCUCUUCGAGGCGUUCAAGAAGCCGAUCACCAAAGCGAUCUCGAGCUACCUCCACAAGAUGGUGUCUACAGCUUACAAAUGUACCAUUCCGUUGCACCGAAGGAGAUCUCUACGAAUGGUUUUCCGAACGUGUCCGCCCGUCCAAAAUUACCCGCACCUUUUAUGCUGACGGAAAUGCCUCUGAUCGUUGGAUUGCCGAAUUUGAAAGCGAAUCUCUCAGAGAAAGGGCUCAAGGCAUUAAGCGUGUGCUUAUGGGUCGAGUGAUCAAGAUGGUCCACAUAUCUAAUGAGGAUGCCGAUGAAUUAAUGAAGAUUGAAGACGUUUAUGGUGAAAAGAAAAAGGAAAGUAGCGAGAAGCACAUGAACGAGAUGCCUCACUUCAAUUCCGGGCCCCCGCCUUUCCGUGGGCGAGGUGGAGGAGCGCCAACAUUCUUUCCAGCUCCUGUACGAGGUGCAAUGGGACCAUCUUUUGGACGUGGUGGCCCACAUGGUCCUCCUCCAAUGAUGGGAAUGGGAGGUCCUGGUUAUCGCGGAAGAGGCGGUAUGGGUCGUGGUAUGCCUUAUGAUUACGGUAGGGGAAGAGGACGAGGAGCAUUUCCUGGCCGCGGAGGUAUGCGAGGAAGGGAUGAUAAACCAUUCAUGCGUUCUGGUAGAGAUAUAAUGGAAAAUGGUGAAGAAAACAGAGAGAAUCAUCAGAUGGACAAAUCAAACGUAGCUCCAGUAGCACCACGUAGCCCAGAACCGCAGCCAGUAGCUGCCACGGAUGAUUUGGUUGCCUCAUUAGGUCCAAAAGGUACCGUAGUGUCUUGCUGUGGAUUCCCUUCUGAUGUAACUCUGGAAGAUGUGCUGGGAUUCUUCCAAGGUUAUACAGCUGAUCAGAACUCGGUACGAAUUCGAAUGGGUGAUGAUGGUGUGCCAACUGGAGAAUGCAUGUUGGCCAUAGAUACUGCUGAGAAUGCUUCCAAAGCUGUUUCUUCCUUAUCCGGAAAAAAGCUUCGUGGCCAGGUCGUAUCCUUGCAAUUGGCCAACCCUUGA